AUGUCCAACGGAAGCACCGUGACCGAGUUCCUGCUUCUGGGCUUUUCUGAUGUCCGGGAGCUGCAGGUUUUGCACUUUAUAGUGUUUCUAUUGAUGUACCUGACAGCCCUGGUGGGGAACCUUCUCACCAUGGUAGCCAUCAUCCUUGACCGUCAUCUUCAUACCCCCAUGUACUUCUUCCUGGUGAACCUGUCCAUCCUGGACCUCGGCUCCGUCUCCGUCAGCGUCCCCAAAUCCAUGGCCAACUCCCUCCUGGACACCAGGUCGAUUUCCUACUCUGCCUGUGUCGCCCAAGUCUUUCUCUACGUAGUCUUCAGUGCAGCUGAUCUUGCCUUACUCACUGUCAUGGCCUAUGACCGAUACGUCGCCAUUUGCCACCCGCUGCACUACGAGAGAGUGAUGAACAGGAGAGCUUGUGUCCACAUGGCUACUAGUGCCUGGAUCACUGCUACUGUCUACUCUGCCCUACACACCGGGAACACCUUCCGGUUACCCUUCCACCAGUCCAACGUCCUCACCCAGUUCUUCUGUGAAAUCCCCCAGCUCCUCAAGCUGGCCUGCUCCAGCUCCUACUGCAGUGAAAUUGGGGUUAUUGGCUUUGGUUUCUUAUUGUGUUUUACGUGCUUUCUCUUCAUCAUUGUGUCGUACGUCCAGAUCUUCAGAGCGGUGCUGAGAAUCCCCUCGGAGCAGGGCCGGCACAAAGCCUUCUCCACCUGCCUCCCCCACCUCGCUGUGGUCUCUUUGUUACUUAGCACUGCGUUCUUUGCCUACCUGAAACCCUCCUCCAGCUCUCCGUCAGGCCUGGAUCUAGCUGUGGGUGUUCUCUACGCCGUGGUGCCUCCCAUGCUGAAUCCGGUCAUCUACAGCCUGAGGAACCAGGAACUCAAAGCUGCCCUGAAGAAACUCUUUGUGGGGAGGUUAUUCUCCAAGAAUUGA